AUGGCCCAAACUCUUGAAUCCAACUUCUCCAUCAGAAAUUUGUUGGCAGGCCCAGAUGGCACCAACCCAGCGCUGACACCACCACCAUCCGAUGGGUCUCUAUCGCCCAACAUUUCCAUGUCGUCGAAUGAAGAUAAUAAUGGAAGUCGACCGAACUUGACGUAUAGUGCGUUGGUGUCUAUGGCGAUCCGAAGUAGUCCUGAGGGCAAGCUGACUUUGAAUGCAAUACAAAGUUGGAUCAGUGAUAACUUUCCCUUUUACCGAAAGGAUGAGCAAGGCUGGCAGAACCAGAUCAGACAGACACUCAGCACGAACUCAUGCUUCCUUAAGGUGCCACGUGCUUUGGACGACCCUGGACGUGGAAACUAUUGGGCGUUGAGUUCUGAAUUACCAGCAGUUCGUACUGCCAGUGUGGGAAAUGGAAGUGCGAUCGGAGCAUUGAUAAAUGGUGUACCACAUCCUCAGGCUCCAAAUGCGGUUUACUUCCCCACGCCCCACGAGGUACAAGGAGCUCACCAGAUCCAGUUAGUACAGGCGCUACAUGAGCAGCAUUCUUGGUAUCAGUAUCAUCUCCAACAAACACAACUAUUGCAGCAACAAUUGUUUAUACUGUAA